GUAUUUAAAUAGGAUUUCAUGAAUUGUAAUCUAACAUUCAAGGAGGAAGUGCUCUAGUAAUAAAGAUGAAUAUGCUACUAAUUGCUGUGGUUUUGAGUGUUGCGGCGCUAACAAACUGCCAAUCACCACAUUCAUUCUUCUUUGGUGUUAUUUCACCUCAAGUCUCACCGCCAGCUGGAGUUCCUUCUGCAUCCAAAUGGAACCGUAAAAAUAUAAGGAAACCUAUACCAAACCCACCACCUUUUGCGCCAAGGUUUGCUCCGCCACCGACUACACCCCCAAUUGAGCCAAGAGAUUUUGGGUUUUCUCCGCCAAUACAUCCACCAUAUUUUGUUCCACAAGAUUAUGCGCCAAGGUUUUCUCCGCCACCGACUCCACCCCCUAUUGAGCCAAGAGAUUUCGGGUUUUCUCCGCCACCAGAGCCAAGAGAUUUUCCUCAACCUACAAGAUCAAGAAGAGAUUUAGACCUGUUACCAGAAAAACUUAGAACUUUACCAGAAAACAGUGCGGUUCUUCUUUUCAAUCUUUCGCCUGAAAAAAGCAUUGACAGUAGACAUGGAGGAGCUGCAAGAUCGUUUGACCCAGAUUACAGCACUAGAGCGUUUGAUACAGACCCAACAGGACUGUUUCGAUCGUUUGACCCAGACUACAGCACUAGAGCGUUUGAUACAGACCCAACAGGAAUGUAUCGAUCGUUUGACCCAGACUUUGAGACUAGAGAUUUUGAUGUAGCUGACUGGUCUUUUGACCCAGACUACUAGAGAGUUUGAUGUAGCUGGAAGAUGUAGAAGAUGCUGAAGAUGAAGUAGAAGAUACAAGUAGAUUUAUUUGGUUGGACACAAGGACUAUUACGGUAGAACUAAAUAUUGAAAGAAUUAUAUCAAUCCUGAUCAAAGUUCA